GCACGCCCAUCACCACCACAACACAGCAUGGCACCCACUGCGAAGGCCCUCCCAGAAGCGCUGACCGUGUCGCCCGAGGCGGCGGCAACGCUGCGCAUCGCGAUCGUGCACGCGCGCUGGAACGCGGAGAUUAUUGCGAACUUGCUAGAGGGCGCAGUGAACAAGCUGAAGGCGGCGGGCGUGAAGGAGCAGAAUAUCAUCGUGCAGAGCGUGCCGGGGAGCUUUGAGCUUCCCCUCGCGUGCAGCAGAGUCAUUCAAGGCUCGCACGUCCAAGCCGCGUCGAACGCGACCAGCGUCGAUCUCCUCGGCGGCCUCUCCUUCGGCGGCAGCCGCUCCGGCACGCCCGUUCCCUCCGCCUCCGCCCAGUCCGUCUCCGCCGCGCCCUUCAAGCAGCCCUUCGACGCGGUCAUCGCGAUCGGCGUGCUGAUCAAGGGCUCGACGAUGCACUUCGAGUACAUCAGCGACGCCGUCAGCCACGGGCUCAUGCGCGUGCAGCUCGAGACGGGCGUGCCUGUCAUCUUCGGCGUGCUUACCGCGCUGAGCGACGCGCAAGCAGAGGCGCGCGCGGGGAUCCAGCCCAAGGACGCACCGGACGCGCAUGUGCACAACCAUGGCGACGACUGGGGGCAGGCAGCGCUGGAGAUGGCGGUGCAGGCGCGGAACUGGAAGGAGGGCAAGUUCUUGUAGAUGGAUAUGGGACUAGGGAAAGGGAAAGACAACAAUGUACUGUAUACGUUGUAGCACCAUCACGAUGCGAUAGACAUCGAACGACGAUGUGACUCACUGCGGGAUACGAACAAA